UUCUCCACGACGAAAGCAGCAUGUCUGUGCCCUUAAGACAUGCGUAAACAAACAUGGAGAGUGUGAGAACGUUGUCCAAAGAAUACCGUUAGCAGAAGUCUAAAAUCGAUCUCUUAUAAACAGAAAAAGAUCUCAGCAAUGAGCUUACGAAUCUGCGAGACCUUUUUAAGAAGGUCGCUGCGAUUUUCGACGACCCGAUCACUGACAGCAGCACGAGGACAUGCGUCACUGCGUCUGCGUACAGGUUGCGCGGUUGUUGAUGCACACGUAGUGAGAAAAUGUCUCUUUCAAUAUGCUCCGGUCCGAUUGGUGUCUUCAGAUGCAUUUUUGGAGAGAUUACAGAAGGGGGGAGCUGUUGUGUCCAGCGAAGGUCAUACUCAACAGCCUGUCCCGUCAGACCGCGGUCAUCAAUUUUCCUUAUUGCUAAAGGAUCCUGAUCAACCUGAGAACCCCAGAUCUCUUAAAGUGGCCGUAGUGGGCGCCCCGAACGCUGGCAAAUCCACACUGACCAACCAGCUGCUGGGCAGAAAGUUGUUUGCAGUGUCCGAGAAAGUGCACACAACAAGAUCGCGUUCUGUUGGUGUUCUGACUGAGGAUGACACACAAAUUGUUUUGUUGGAUACCCCUGGUCUCACCACACCGAUAAAGGCUAAAAGACACCAGCUGGAAGAAUCGCUGUUGGUGGAUCCUUUUGAGUCUUUGCAGAAAGCUGAUCUAGUUGUUGUGUUAGUUGAUGUGUCUGAUAAAUGGACCCGUAACAAGCUGCACCUUGAAGUACUGAAGUGUCUGGCCCUAAAUCCAGAUGUACCUGCCAUCCUUGUCCUCAAUAAGGUGGACCUACUGAAGAGCAAAAUGUUGCUGCUAGACAUCACGGCACAGCUGACCGAGGGGGUGGUGAAUGGAAAAAAGAUCAGGAUUCGUGGUGUAGCGAAGUCAAAUCAAAGACUAGCAGCCAAAGCUCAAAGCAGACAUGCAGAAGAAGCGAAUUCUGAGAGCACGGAGAAAGAGUCAUCAGAUCAAGAGAGUCAGAACAAAAACAGACUGAGCAGAGAGGAGCUGAAGGAUCUGAAGAGCCGCAGCGGGUGGCCACAUUUUAAAGAUGUAUUCAUGCUAAGUGCUGUCGACAGAGAAGAUGUAGAGACAAUAAAGAGUUACCUGUUUCAAGUGGCAAAGCCUCGUGAGUGGCAGUAUCACAGUGAAGUACUGACAGAUCAAAGUCCCGAGGAUGUCUGCCUCAACACUAUCAGAGAGAAACUUCUACAACAUUUCCCUAAGGAGGUGCCAUAUACAAUGACCCUGCAAAUUGAAAUGUGGAAGGAGUCUGAGGAUGGCGUGCUCGACAUAUUAGUCAAACUGUAUGUAAUAAAAGACAGUCAUAUGAAAAUGGUUAUUGGUCCAGGAGGCCAGAUGAUAACCAGAAUAACCCAGGAAGCUGGAAAUGACCUAAUGAACAUUUUCUUGCGGGAAAUAUGCUUAAAAAUCUCUGCAAAGUUGAAGAAGUGAAGUUCAGUUAUGAGUUAUGAGAACCUAUAACCGAUGCAAAGAGAUACAGAAGCCUGGAAGAAGUUAUUACAGAGAGUCGUUGGUUUUUCUCAAAAAGUGAAAGUAAAGAUUAAAGUGGAAAGUGGAAUUCAGCGGCACAAUAAAUUAUUUUUCCAUAUAAAUUCAGUAACAUGUUGUCAAUUUUAUUAUCAAUACUUUGUUAAUUGAUAAUGCUUGUAUUAAUAAUUACUUUUAUAAAUGACCUGCUUCUGCAUAAACACAUGGGAAGAUCCAUCACACUAUGUCUUUGUAGUGUCUUUGUUAUUGCGUAUUGUAAUGUCUUUGUUAUUGCAAUGUAGUUGUAAGUUACUCACUGUCGCUCAGUGGAAUCAUUUUUAAAAUGUGCUGCUUGUGCUCCAUCACCAAUUUCAUCAACUGAGUGUUUUUCUGAGUCAGUUUCAUAAAGUGAAUUGUAAGAGAACUGUUCACACGAGUUUCACUAAUGGAGGUUUUGCAGAUUUCCGUCGUGGGAAACGUAAGAUCACUUUAUCUUCAGAGUCCAGAAGACAGUGCUUUGGCACACAUACUGUAUGCAAAAUUGCAAAAGGAGCUGGCAGAAUCAGCUUAUUCAGUCAACAGUUACACGCCUUGCAAAGAGCAUGUGCUUGUAUUAUUGAUAGAUAUUUUUUGUUUUGUUUUAAUUAUGUGACAAAGUUAUUUGCUGAAAUAAACAUUUAAAUUAUGCAACCAA